AUGAGCAACAAGAGCUAUGAUCUUACUGAUAACCUGGUAAGAGGGAUACUAGAUGGCGGUCCUGGUAGGGGUUCUCCUCAGAAAAUGAAACGACUGACAAGUGAAUUAACUACGGAAGGGUUAAUUGAAAUCAACUUCUCAAGACCAGCCGGUUUCAAUAGAAGAGAAUCGGUCAUCAUCCCACUGACAGGAGAAAGAAUUCAUACCACAUUAUCGUUAUCAACGUUUUUUUCUCAUACCAUUGAUGAGAACACUCCGUUAGUUGGUGGUGCUAAUCUACUUCGACUAAGUUACAGAGAUUGGUGCAAACUACAAAUACUACGUGCCAAAAAGUUGUUUAUUGAUGCAUGGAAAUCUGCAAUUGUAUGGAAUGUUUUCAAGUGUUCUGUUGCAUAUUUCAUUGCUUCAUUUGCAGUAUAUUGGACUCCCUUCAACGAGCUACUAGGGAAAUCUGAUUCUAAACAUGUGGUUGCAACUGUAGCCGUAUAUUUCCAUCCUGCAAGAUCUCAAGGCUCAAUGAUACAGACGUUGAUCUUUGUUGUUGUCUCGUUACUAUUCAGUUUCGGGGUUAGUUUUGGGUGCAGAAUGAUAGCCGCCUUUGUCUAUCUUCAGGGACAAGACGAAAUCAGUCAUGUUCUAGACCUCAUCUUCUCUUCUGUGUCGUUGGGGGUCAUAGCAUUUAUGAAGCAGAAGGUCAACCUACAAACCUUCAACACUGCAUGUUCUUUAGCGUACAUUACAAUUGUGACGUCUAUUGUUAAGGAAGGAAGCCAAAAUUCAGCCCUGAUACCCAUAGAAAGACUCUUGGCUCAUUUCUGGAUUGUCCUGCUGGGAUGUUUGACCUCGGUGUUGGUUUGUUAUCUUAUUGCUCCGGAGAAUGCUGUUCACGAGCUCCGGAAGUCACUUAACGAUUCCUAUAACACCAUUUCCUCGGUUUUAUCGUUGGUUUCGUACAAAUUUCUUGUUGGGGAAAGAAUCACCGGCACCAAGGAGAAUGACAUCUUUAACAAACUAAAGAAACACCAGGCGGAUUUAAGUAAACGAUUGGGCGAAGCCAAAUAUCAAUUGCUAUUGGUGGGGAACGAGAAAGAAUGGUAUACCUUGAAAGAAUUGGUUGAGUCCACAGUCACAUCUAUGGAGAUAUUAUCAGCGUUGAAAUGUUCAUACGAGAUGGAAGUCCAAGUUCUUAACGAGAAUAGUAAUAACAAUAGUGGCAAUGGUAAUGAUGACAAUGGUUCUGUUGCUAGCUUUGAUAGCUACCAUUCAAGUUCAUAUAGUCUUUCCCAAAGCGUGGAGAACAUGACUGCUAUUGACUAUGGGAACACAGAGAGUGCCACUAAUCCAAGUGAACUCUUUGACAUGUUUGUGUAUCAUUUGGGACCUUCAAUGAAGUCGUUUAUUUUCACCAUGAAGGGUAUUUUAGCCCAAGUUCCGUUCGAAAAGAGGAGAGAUGACGAUCCUUAUAAGUUUAUUGAAACCGGACAGUUUCAAGACUCCUUGAACCAAGCCAUGGACCUAUACAAGAUUAAACAGAACCAAGCUUUAGGCACUUUGUACGAACAGAAAAUUUUUGGCAGCAAUGAAGACUGGAAUUUCCUAACGGCUCAAGAGGAAGUGGCUGCUAUCUGUGGGAACUUUAGUAGUUUAUUGGUUUCAUUUGCUGGAGAGUUGAUGGACUUUUUGAAGAUAACCGAGCAAUACGACGAUAAACGAAGGUCUCCAAGAUCAUGGGAUUGGUUAAAGAUGUGGUUCAACAAGACGUUCAACCCUUCAGGUCGAUUGGCAAGACGUAGAGAAGCGGCAGCCAAGAUUGCAUCCUAUGGGAGUACUCUAAAUGCAGCGAUUUUUGAUCUACAGGAGCAGAUUAGGUCUCAGCAAAUUAAGAAACCCAACUUACCCAAAGACAACUUUGUACAACGGUUCAGAGUGAAAACCUACACUAUGUUUCGAUUUUUAUCCAGACGAGAUAUUCAAUUUGGGAUCAGAGUAGGGCUAGGGGCCUUCAUUAUGUCGUCAUUUGCGUUCUGGCCUCCCACAAAGGAAAUCUUCAUACAGUGGAGACUCGAAUGGGCACUCACAGUUUACUGUAUCAUGAUGAACAAGUCGCUCGGAGGUACUAAUAUGACUGUUAAAUGGAGAUUUUUAGGGACAUUCAUGGGCUCAUUUCUAGCUUAUGCUGUUUGGACAUUAACUGAUGGGAACCCAUAUGCAUUGGCAUUAUCUGGCUUUAUUAUCUCGUUGUAUUCCUUCUACAUUAUCAUCUACUGGAAGAAGAACAACCCCUUUGGGAGGUUCAUCCUUUUGACCUACAACUUAACGGCGUUGUAUUCUUAUUCAAUGGUACAGAAGGAUACCGAAGAUGGAAGAGAAGGUGGGGAAAACCCCAUAGUGGGAGAAAUUGCAUUCCACAGAUUUAUAUCUGUUUCCAUAGGGAUUGUAUUUGCUUUGACUAUGGCGACGUUCUUUCUUCCCAAUAGUGCUAGGAGAAGAUUGAAAUUGGCCUUGUCAGUUCUCUGGUUAAGAAUGGGGGUCAAUUGGAACUGUGACCCCUUUGAAUACGAUCCGUGCUCUAAAAAAUUGGUUGGAAUACGGGACGAAAAGGAAAUGAAUAACUUACUAAGAGAAUGUGAAACUUUAGUUAAACAGGCUCCCUUGGAGUUCCGUUGGAAGGGACCCUUCAGACUGUCUGAAUACGAAAAAUUGGUUAAAAGUACUUCAAAUAUCUUAAGUUCGUUCAAGAACUUGGAUUUGAUUGUUCAAGUCGACCCGAACUUAUCUCCGGGGGAAGAGCAUGUACUUGACCUUACUGAAUCCGAUAGACAUGAGAUUCAACAACGGAUCUUUUUGAUCUUCUACAUGGUUACUAGUGCUUUAAAGUUAGGGUUUCCUCUACCAAAUAAACCUGCUUCUACUGAACAUGCAUUGGACCGGAUGUUGGUCAAGUUAAACAAUAUCAGACGAAUGACGGAAUCCAUAUUGACUACAGAUGAUUACGUUUUAUUAUACUCUUAUAUUUUGGUUACCAAUGCUAUUACCAAUGAGUUGGAUAUUAUCAUAAAAGUCAUUAAGGACAUUUAUGGAGGUAUUUCCGAAGAGUUAUUUGAAUUGGUAUAG